UGUCAUUUUACUCUGUUUUAAUAAUUUAUGAAUCACAAUCACAUUAAUGAAGUCUCAAAACAGAUUAAUUUAUUUUAACAUAUCAAUUUGAAUAUAGAUCCUUUAUCUAUAAAUAUAUUUAUGUUUUUAUUACUUUCACUGCAGUAAAACAUUUAUAAGAUGCCGUCACUGCGAAUAGAUCAGAGUGAUCUGAAGUGCAAGAAUGGAUGCAACUUCUUUGGCAAUCCUCAGUGGCAAGGGUAUUGUUCAAAAUGUCACAGGGAACAGCUCCAGAGACAGCGAUGGGCAGAGAGAGGCUUAACCGCGACUCUACCCAAGCCGGUGCAGAAGAAAAUGGAGCGCUCAUUGAAGUUGUCCUCACACUCGUCGUUCUCAAAGUUUGAAGAGAAGCGUCUCCGACAGAGCGAGACGCUGAAGAAUAAGACGAACCUGCUGAAGUUCAGUGUAUUCAGCAAAAGUAAGAGCAGCGAAAUUCAAGAUCAAACUCCCGAGAGGAAGCCACCGGAGUUCAAGGUCCCGGCGACCGUGUACGAGCUGAUGAAGAAGGAUUGGGCGGAAAACUUUCCAAACCUACCGGUGCAAGUGGACAGGGAAUGUAGAGUGUUUGUACACCGCUUCAUCUGGGAUGUGAUCAAUUCGUCUUACGUGAUGUCGGUCGACGAACUAUCAGAGAGGGUCCAAAGAUACUAUCAGCAAUUCAUCAAGUACACGGACAACUCCCCCCACCUGGUGAGCGCGGAGCCCGAGCUGAAGGAGAGGCUCAUAGACUUCGUGGAGAAGCACGCCAUGACCUACUUACACGACCUUCCAGGUGUUGUGUUCUCUCCCCACGGUACUGAGGACGAGCGUCUGGACCGCGCCAUGUCAGAACGAAUCCAGCAGCUGAGCUGGGUCGGAGAGAAGCACCUGGAGUGCAAGCUGGACCACUCCAACGAAUGCAGUCAACUGCUGUACAAAGCCAUUAGCGAAUUGCUGGCUAUGGAUGGAGCUCCUUAUGGUGGCGGUAAGCUGGCCCACGUCCGCAGAGCGUGUAUCCACGUACUGGAACUGUGCGGUGCGCCAGCAUCAGCUGACGAUCUGCUGCCAAAACUCAUCUUUACUGUGUUGAAGGCGAAUCCCCCGCGCCUUGUGAGCAACAUCAACUUCGUGACACGCUUCUGUAACGCGCAGAGGUUAAUGACUGGCGAGGCUGGCUAUUACUUCACGAACUUGUGUUGCGCGGUGUCCUUCAUAGAGAACUUGACGGCCGAGUCAUUGAGCAUGGACAAGAAGGAGUUUGACUGCUAUAUGGCGAUGCCUGCCUCUAUCGGUGGCAGCACUUGGGCGGCUGCAUUAUCUUUGUGUGGAGCUGUGAAGGAGGCUGAAGAACAACGACAGCACGCCGAGAAACUGAUGGAAGAAAUAGAAAAGUUACAGGAUGACGCCGAACGGCUCGCAAAUAACGCUGAAACGUUUGAGAAAGAAAUCGCAAAGAAAGUGCAGGAUGUGCUAGCGAAAACUCCGCUGGAAAUAAAACCACGUCGAGAACUUCCCCGACUUCGGAUCCUACGGAAUUCUACUGGACCACUCAUCGACCUCGAAACAUCGAAGACCACGGUUCCAGGAGAAGACAAACAGAUGAUACCACAGAUUAACAUACCGGAUACGAAGCCGCAAGAGAAAGUAGAUUUGCAGUUCGAAGCUUUGAAUAGUAGGACAGAAAACGUUUUAAGUUUCGACAUGGACAAAUCACCUCCGAAGUCCCCUCAGAACCAGCCGUGGGAAUCGAAACAGACGGGAUCCUUUGAACUCCUCACCCCCUCCCCGAUCAGUUUUCCUCUCUUCGACUCGAGAUCCAUCGACGAGAGGAUGGAUGAACUGAUGACCCCGGAGGAGUUUGGUCCAGAUAAUCUCAGUCUCGGCUUGAGUAAUAUAAACUAUGACAUAGACCUGUCCGACCUCAGCGGCGAUAACAGUUACGCUGAAGACACGCCUAAGGAGCCGAAAGACCCUUUCAGUCCUGAUGGAAUAAAAAAGGAUCCGUUAUUCGAUCCAUUCGCGCCUCAAACUAGUAAUUACGCCAUGCUAGAGAAGUUUGAUGAGUUCACAUUGGUGGACACAAAAAAUAAAGACGCUUCGGAUUCAUUCGAAGUGGUUCAUAGAACGAAUGAUUUUCAGACGAACGCAGAACAAUCAGAUCCAUUCGGUCUUGUACCAGCUGAAGCCACUUCAAUUUUGGAUGAAAAUAAUUCACCUUCCGGUGCCUGCCUGCUACCAUCCCCACUGUUGCCUCAGAGCAGCAAGAAAAGUUGAACCAACAUUUCUUGACGAUAAAAAUUAAAUGUAAAACAGCUUCUAUUUAGAUAAAAUUUUUCUAUGAUCUGUAGGCGGAACAAGAAAUGUGUAAAUAAACCCACUUGUACUCUAUGGAUAUGACAAUUUAGUAACGAGGUGGUAUAUAUUGUUUUUAAUUACUUUCUCACAUUAUUUAUAAAUCAUACGAUAUAAAAAAAGAUUGUGCUUAAAUACAGGCAUAAAGAGGUCUUGAUUAAAGCCAGGCUCAGUUAGACCCAAAAAUCAAAAUAAUAAAUACUGUAUUGAAUUCUCAAAAAAAAA